UCCGCAGCUUGUCCACUCUCCACCAGGCUGCAGGAGGAGACCAGCCGCAGCAGCAGCCAUGUCCGACCGAGGAACCUUCGACACCAACGUGGUCACCAUGACCCGGUUCGUCAUGGAGGAGGGCCGGAGGGCGAAGGGCACCGGGGAGCUGACCACGCUGCUGAACGCCGUGGGCACGGCGGUGAAGGCCAUCUCCAGCGCCGUGCGUAAAGCUGGGAUCGCUCACCUUUACGGCAUUGCUGGAAGCACGAACGUGACGGGAGACCAGGUGAAGAAGCUGGACAUUCUGUCCAAUGACCUGAUCAUCAACAUGAUCAAGUCGUCCUUCACCUCCUGCGUUCUGGUGUCUGAAGAGAACGACAAAGCCAUCAUUGUAGAGCCGGACACUAGGGGAAAAUACAUCGUGUGCUUCGAUCCUUUGGACGGCUCCUCCAACAUCGACUGUCUCGUCUCCAUCGGCACCAUCUUUGCCAUCUACAGAAAGACCACAGACGAUGAGCCGUGUGAGAAGGACUCGCUGCAGCCCGGCAGAAACCUUGUGGCAGCCGGCUACGCCCUCUACGGCAGCGCCACCAUGGUCGUGCUCUCCACCGGCCAAGGAGUCAACUGCUUCAUGCUCGACCCAGCAAUCGGUGAAUUUAUCCUGGUUGAUCGGGACGUGAAGAUCAAGAAGCGAGGGAAGAUUUACAGCUUGAACGAAGGCUAUGCAAAGUACUUCGACCCCGCCGUCACAGAGUACCUGCAGAAGAAGAAGUUCCCUGAGGACGGCACUGAGCCCUAUGGUGCCCGCUACAUUGGUUCCAUGGUGGCAGACGUUCACCGAACGCUGAUGUAUGGAGGCAUCUUUUUAUACCCAGGCAAUGUGAAGAGCCCCAAGGGAAAGCUGCGGCUGCUGUACGAAGGCAACCCCAUGGCCUUCAUCAUCGAGCAGGCGGGGGGCAUGGCCUCCACCGGAUUAGAGAACAUCCUGGACAUCCAGCCGGACAGCAUCCACCAGCGGGCUCCCGUGGCUAUGGGCUCCCCGGAGGACGUGCUGGAGUACAUCGCCAUCUGCCAGAAACACGUCAAGAAGUGAGGCCACACCGACUCUCAACCAUCACUGUCCGGCUUUAAGAAGAAACCUUGUAUCUCCGGUCGGUCUCAGAAAGUUGUCCUUUUAAUAAUCUUAAUUUAAAUGUAUUUUGAAUCGUGUGUUAUGGCGUUUUGAGGAACUUUCUCAAGGCCAGAAGUGUCAGGGCAUUUUCCUUUUGGGACGUCGACUACGUUUACAGUUACAAGGUUUUCAUGCCACAGCCGCCAUGUUGCUGUUCGGUGAAAAGCAUGAACACUGUGGCAUAAACGCUCUCAUUCCACACAAACUACCAAAGACCAAAAAUGUGAAGAAAAAAACCCAAAGAGAAUUCCUCCUCUGUUUACCUCCAGCUGUGCCUUUUUAAUAAAAUGAUCAUCCUAGACGUGUGAAGGACCGAAAACAACCACUUCUAUGCAAACAAAAACCCCGAUGCCUUUUUAUUGUGUGAACAGAUACUCUUUGAAAUGAUCAAUAAAUUCAAACGAGUCUAAGAAGGAAAA